AUGUCUCUCCAUCAACCGUGCACCCUUCCUCUCCUCCUCCUCUUCCUAGCUUCCGCUGCCGCCGUCGUCGCAGACUGCGGCGGCGGCAGCUGGCAGCUACUCCAGCGCAGCAUCGGCAUCUCCGCAAUGCACAUGCAGCUCCUCUCCAACGACCGCGUCGUCAUCUUCGACCGCACCGACUUCGGCCGCUCCAACAUCUCCCUCGCCAACGGCAACUGCCGCGAGGACCCCAACGAGCGCGUCGUCACGCGCGACUGCUCCGCCCACUCCGUCGAGUACGACCCCGCCGCCAACACCUUCCGCCCCCUCACCGUCCAGACCGACGUCUGGUGCUCCUCCGGCUCCGCCAUGCCCGACGGCAGCCUCGUCCAAACCGGCGGCUUCAACGACGGCGACCGCCGCGUCCGCUCCUUCUCCCCCUGCAAAAACGCCAGCGGGUGCGACUGGGUGGAGCACGAGAACGGGCUGGCGGCGAGGAGGUGGUACUCGACCAAUCAGCUCCUGCCAGAUGGCAGGCAGAUAAUCGUCGGGGGACGCCGCCAAUUCAACUACGAGUUCUACCCCAAAAACGACGCCGCACAACUUUACAGCCUCCCGUUUCUCAUCCAGACCAGCGACGGGAAAUCCGAGAACAAUCUCUACCCCUUUGUGCUCCUAAACGUCGACGGUAAUUUAUUCAUCUUCGCCAAUAACCGCGCGAUCCUCUACAAUUACAGCAGCAGGGCCGUGGUGAGAAAUUACCCCGAGAUCCCCGGUGGGGACCCCAGGAGCUACCCGAGCACCGGAUCCGCUGCUUUGCUCCCACUGGACCUUACCCUGCACCCGGGUGGUGAUGACGUGGCCGCGGAGGUUUUGGUCUGCGGCGGCGCGCCGAGAGGCUCGUUUGAGAAGGCCGGGGUGGGGGAAUUUGUGAAGGGGUUGGGUAAUUGCGGUCGGAUCGGGAUUAACGACCCGAACCCGGUCUGGGCGAUGGAGUCGAUGCCGAGGGAGAGAGUGAUGGGGGACAUGGUGAUGCUUCCCGAUGGGAAUGUCCUGAUUGUGAACGGGGCCGGGUCGGGUACGGCCGGGUGGGAGAACGGGCGGGAUCCGGUGCUCAACCCGGUUCUGUACCGACCCGGGAACCCGGCCGGGUCGAGGUUCGAGGUCCAGAACCCGACCGACGUGCCGAGGAUGUACCACUCCGCCGCGAUCCUGCUCCGCGACGGGAGGGUGCUCGUCGGCGGGAGCAACCCGCACGUGUACUACAAUUUCACCGGGGUGAUGUUUCCGACGGAUCUGAGUCUCGAGGCAUUCUCGCCGGCGUACCUGGACGGGAGGUUUGAUGGGGUGAGGCCGGCGAUCGUGUCGCCGGCGGGUGGGGUCGGGGUGGGGUACGGGGAGAAGUUUGUGAUUCGGUUCACGGUGUCGGCGGGGGCCGGGGAGGUGAAGGGAGAUGACGUGGCGGUGACGAUGUUGGCGCCGCCGUUCACGACGCACUCUUUUGGGAUGAAUCAGAGGCUGCUGGUGCUGGGGAGCGAGGGGUUGAGGAGCGUGGCGGCGGCGGCGGGGAGUUACGAGGUGACGGUGAGGGCGCCGGGGUCGGGAAAUUUGGCGCCGGCGGGGUAUUAUAUGGUGUUCGUGGUUCAUCGGGAAAUUCCGAGUACAGGGGUUUGGGUCAAGCUCCAUUGA